GACCACGUGGAGGAGCAAGAUGGCGGCGUGGUGGAGGGGCGAAGACGGGGAUUUAAAUGCCUGUAACACCCCCAAAGAGUUGAUCCUGAGCAGAAGUGACGUGGAAGCUGUGGACUUGAACGCACAGUCCUGUGUGGAUCACUCCAUCUUGGCCAUUUUUGAAGAUUCCCCUGUUGCCUCAGAGAGCAAACAUGGUGAGGAGGAAGAGAGUGAGCGGCUGCUGUCCGCGCUGACAGAGAUGCUGGACAGCGUGGAGGACGACAACAGGAUGUUGUCUCCCUUCGACACCCUGCCGGAUUCUGAACUCCUCAAACACACGGAGCAGAAAAACACUCCACUGGAAGAAUCCCCUGCCCACAGACUCAGACCAAGACCCAAACCACCAAAUGAGAAAUUCAAAACCAAGACUGCUAGAGAAAAGGGCCGGCUGCACAAACACGGUCUGCCUCAGAUGUUUAACAGACAAAGCAAUAUGUUGUUUUGCUCCAAAAAUAAGAAAGUGAACGCCGAGGUGGAAGUUUUCACCUCAGAUUCUCUCGUCAGCCUGGUGAAGCUCAUGCACCCUUACUGUCUGAAGCUUCACGUGGAGGAGGGGGACAUGCUGAGUGAAAAUGGCUCCCUAUUUUCUCAGGAAGAGGUGUGGAGGUAUGAACAGCCCACCGAAGAGGGUGACGAAGAGAUAAAUGUGGUUUCUGAUGACGAGGCACCUCUGAAACAGACGAAGGAUGAACAGGGGGGAGAUGGAGCAAACGAAAAUGCUCGACUCCCUAAAAGCGUGCUGCUUAAUGGAAACUCAUCCAGACCUGUGCCAUGCAAAGAGAGGAAGAGAGUGAGCUUUGGCUCUGUUCAUGUGGCGUUGUUUGAGGAAUCAGUGGACGAGGGAUCGGAUGAGAAAAGUCCAACGAGCAGGGAGGUGAAUGAAGCUGAUUCAAGUCCCACGGAAAGCGCAGCAACACUUAGAAACCCGGCAGGGUCAGCACCUGAACUCUCAACGCCGUCCUCAGAAGGAAAUGACAAUAAGAGUAUUGUUCAUCCAGAGAAAGGUGAAAGAAAGGCCAAAUCACUCAGCCUGCAACAGUACCGGCAGCUUCGCCAGGAGAGACGCCCCCUGGCGGAGAAAGAGGGGAACUACAACACCAAGUGGCCCUCUGUUCCUGAGCCCCCCAAGGAGCUGGCCCCUAUUCUCUGUUUUCAGGGACAGCAACACAUCAUAGUGAAACCAAAGACGACACUCGUCGAUGCAGACCUCCGUAAACCUGAUUGUAAGACUUCCACACACCAGGCGUCUCCUCUGCAAACCGCCGGACCUCCUGAGGCCGGACCCCUCACUCAUCUGCUUUGCAGCAGGGGAAAGGACCCGAGGGCCGAGUCUCAGUUUUUCUCACCAGCCAGUCCAUUCCCAGACCUCACAGAUAACCCCAAUGGCACUUCAGUGAAAAAGCCAGCACUACGUAGUAGUGAUCCCCCAAAUCCCGUCCUCGUCCCCCUGCCAGUUCCCCAGACACCGUCCCCCGUCCCCGCCAGCUCCUCGUCAGAGUCCGACACAGACUCGGCCGGCACGCAGAGCGUCAGACGGACUCAGUCCUCGGCAGUAACUCCUCAGAGACGGGGAAUCUGGCCAGAGCCAAAGCCGCAUAUGUUGUCUCUAAACGGGGAAUGUAACCAGGACGACAAAGUGCUUCAGGAAAUUAAGGCCAAGGUUACCGUAAUGCCUCCAGAUGUUUCCUCUCUAUGUCCAGCGAAAAGCAGAUCUGAUCCAGAAAGCAAAAGACCUCAGGCUCCAAAAGUCCUCAAAGAGGAGUUAGCAGACAUUCCAAACAAGAGUGCGUCUGAAGAUCUCAUACCCCCUCAAAGCAGCCGUGGAGAGCAGAGUGCAGCGGCCCCAUCAGGAAUCGAAGCGUCGGACCUGGCCAGCCUGCUGGAGCAGUUUGAGGAAACCCAGGCUGUAGAGGGCGGAGUUUGUGAGACUGAACCUAAACCAGUUCAAGCUCCUUCAGCUUCACAUCUACAAGAAAAUGGACACGUGGACCUUGACGUUCCUGAACCCGCGGGACCACAAAAGACCUCCAGAUUACUGACGUCCUCUCUGGGACCAACUGAACCGUUGAACGGUUCAGAGAGUGGGGUGGAUCUGCAGAUGGUGGAGGCUGUGGACAUCCCCGAGCCCCUCUGCACUGAAAUCAUCCUCAGCACUCUGCAGGAGACGCCUGCAAGAAGGAAAGCCCUCCCAUCCAAGGCCAUUCAGAUAAUCGACCCCCGGCCUCUCCCACCCAGGAAGACUCACACAAGUCUGCCAGAGUCACCUGCUGCUCAGACCUCCACCCACAUGUUUCCACAUUUGUCCUCUGAUCAUGACUACUGCGGGUCUGUGAAUAAUACUCCUGACAUCUGUGGAUAUUCUCAGCAUUGUAGAGCUACUCCCUCUUUGCCCAAAGAAAUGACUAGAAUCCCUUCAGAAGUACAGGCGAUAACUCAGGAAAGUACAAGACCCGUCUCAGACGGAGAGACGGCAACCGUGCUGCAGCAUCAUGCAGAGAAACCAGGGACCCGGUCAAAGCCAGACCUUUCCACAGACAGAGCUCUGCAGUUUACAGACAGCGCUGCCACCAAGGACGACAUCGCAAACAAACACAAGAGCGCUCCGUGUAGUCUCCCUACACCCCCGCCCAGCCCUCCCGUCAGAGGCCGGACCAAGAGAAGAUACCGAAGAUCUCCGCACUCCGACUCCAGCUCCAGCUCCAUCUCCAGCUCCAGCUCCAGGUCCCGCUCCCGCUCCUCAUCUUCGUCCUCCUCUUCCCUCUCCUCCAGGUCUGCGUCCUGCUCUCCAAAAAGACCAAGGCUCCAUCACCGGCGUUCAGAGAGCAGCUCAUGUUCCCCGUCUCCCUAUCGGGUUUCCCGCUCCCCUGCUCGAGAGUACAGAUUGUCUUACUCCAGGUCAAGAUCCAGGUCUUGGUCUCAUUCCAGAUCCCCGUCACAGUCACGGUCCCGGUCCCCUUCCCCUUCCGCACGGAUACGACAUCGGCGAUGGAGGGACGUUUGCAGCAGCAGAGACUCCCGCAGGCUCAGGAGGGAGCACGAGAUAAGGAUUCAGAAGCUCAAAGCCAUAGAUGAGCGCAGAGUGGUGUACGUCGGCCGCAUCUGCAGAACCAUGACACCUAAUGAACUGAGAGAGCGCUUCACUCAGUUUGGAGAGGUGGAGUGCGUGUCGCUUCACUUCAGAGACAGAGGUGACCAUUACGGGUUUGUCACGUUCUACACCAUGGAGGAUGCCUUCGCUGCCAUCGAUAACGGCGGUAAACUCAGAAAGCCUGACGAGCUGCCGUUAGACAUCUGCUUUGGUGGGAGAAGGCAGUUCUGUAACUCAGACUACGCUGAUCUCGAUGCAAGCAGGGAUGCAGAAUCAUCACCUGCUAGAAGCAGAUUUGAAGACGUGGACUUUGAUUCGCUGCUGAAACAGGCCCAGAGAGGACUGAAGAGGUAGCAGAGCCGUGCUGGGAGAAGGACCAGGACAGGGACGAUGCAGGGGACACUUCUCAUGGACCUCAGAGCUUCAUGCUCACAUUUAAUGUAGCAAAGAUUUUUGUUUCUGUUUUUGAUGUUUUGCCUUUUUAAUAUACAGCAGAAUGAUGCAUGCAUGUUUUUAUUUCUUACAAUUUAUAUGGACAACCAUGUAGCACUAUUGAAGCAUGCCGUUUUUUUGAGAUGUGAAAUUAAAAUUUGCAGAUAUGUGGCACUCUUAAAUGAACGUUUUAUUUCAUUCCAUAGCACUAUAAAGUUUUGUAUAUAAAAAUAAAGGUUGUUAAUUGUU